AUGUACGACGACAUGGACGCUUUCUUGGAUAUGGAGGCGCCUUACGUCUAUGACGAGACAGAGCAGUACUUGGACACGACCAGCUCAUCUGAGUCUACAAGUCCCAUCAUAUCAACUUUUGACAUGACAUUUGUGAACGACUUCAAUGGCACCGACCACAACAUUUAUCCUAGCCCAAUGAGCUCCUCUCGCGAUACAGCGUCACCUCAGCCCAUCAUGGACGACAAACCUGGCACAACCAAAGGCCCGGCUAAGAGAAAGCGUGAAAAUCGCUACAAAAAUGCGCCCCCGUCGGUGCUCUCACGACGCCGAGCACAAAAUAGAGCCUCACAAAGAGCAUACCGCGAGCGCAAGGACCAGCGCAUAAAGGACCUCGAGGUCAUGCUCUCCGAUCAGAAGCAGAAGAACGACUCCCUCGGCCAGGCCUAUUCUGCCCUUCAUGCCGAGUUUCUCAAGCUCCGGGGAGCGCAGGCGAGGGCGCAACAAAAACAACAUAUGCCGCAACACCCUGCGGCGCCGGCAAUGGCUUACGACACAAUGACCGCCGCCCACAUGGGCAUGUCGUCACACCCCGGUGCGAUGGAAUUCGCGGACAACUUGUUCAUGUUUCAGGAUAUGCAGACUUACACCCUCUGA